CGCCCAACCGCUACACCGGAGGAAUCUCCCUCCCCUCCCGUCCUUGCAGCUUGCCGGCAGGGGUGGCAAACUGCAGGUACUGCUGCCGGUACCGUCCCCGGAGGACACGGGACACUGACGGCAGAUGCCCGAAGCAUCACUCUGACCCUGACCUCAAAACUCAGACCCGCGACGAGCUCAGCUCCAACCAAUCACGCACACAGCUCACCGUCGUCCCCAAUCAUGAACAAACCACUGCCUGUCUGACUUGGCCUGCAGGGCGCCGGAGCCGGUCAGGGUUUCACGACGGCCGCUGCGGCGGCGGCAGUGCGCGGAGUCGGACAGGCAGACACGCCGCGGGCGGCAAGUCAAAGAUGGCAUGAAAACACGCAGCCCCUGGAAAGCCGGGCAGUUCCAAGGCGGAGCGUCCGUUCCCGUCCUGACUGCCCACGUCCCCCCGCCACCACCCAAGUCAAGCAUGCCAAGAUUGCUACUCCUACUUCCCCCCAGCAAUUAGCUUGACUGGUGUAUCUCACAGCUUAAAAUCCUCUUCUCCAUCAUCAGUAUAUCUGCACCAUGAAAAGGCCAUGUCAUCGUGAAGUUUUUCUUCCUUCUAGUUACAGGAUAAUAUUCAGAUCACUACAGUACCACUACUACCUGAACCUGACACUAGAAUUAUUCUUUAAGUGUCAACAGUUAACUAAGAUAGAGAGUAUGCUAUUGUGCUCCAUCUGGCGAAGAUGAUAGGAUACUAUCACAGGCACAGGCUGUAUAACAGUCUGAUUACUAAUUAGCACUGGUGCUGCAGCUACAGGUCCAAGUGGAUGUAUGCAACAGAAAAAAGAAUUGCACUCCUCAUCUUGCUGCUGCUGGUGCCUGACAGCUUCCCUUUCUUUUCUCCUCUCCUUUAAUCCUUUUGCAUGCGGUGACUCCUACCAACCUCAGGUGAACUCCCAAAGCGGUGCAGUAAUUAGUAAAGAACUGGCUAAAGCAUCACUUUAGGCAGACUAACAGCAGGUGAAAGUAAGACCUAGAAUGAUGCGAGUGUGGGGAGGGGGAAAAAAGAUAGGAGCAGCAGUUGAAAAAGAAAGUCCAAAUAGCAGAGUAAAUCUAGAAAGUGGGCGUGGUAUCUUUCCCUAGAUUUUCUUAUUCCCCCCUUCUCUCUCCUUCUACUCUCUCUCUCUCUCUCUCCCCCUCUCCACCCCCUCGCCUCCCUCCCUCCCCAUCAGGCUCUCUCUCUGGCCGGUCACCAUCUACCCAUCCGUCCCCCUUGCCCUUCGUCUUCGCCUUGUUCUUGGCUUCCUCGGGGCCGGGAGGGGAAGGGGGAAGGAGGAGGCGAGACCCUGAUUUGAUCUCCUUGCUUUUGGUUGCCGAGGAGAGGAGAGGGGUUGGUGCAGUUGGAGGCGUGCCUUCUGUGUCUGUGCGCGCGGAGAUGGACCCCAAGUUCCCCACACCCCCACCGCUAAACAAAACGGAGCCCACCACCGCGACGACCACCACCACCACCUCGACCGCGCAGCAGCUGGAUCCCAAGGACUACCAGCAUCAGCAGCCGGCGCAGCACCAGGAGCAGCACCACCACCACCUGCAAAUCCAAAUCCACCAGCCGCAGCAGCAGGACGGGGGCGGCAAGGAGCAGCAGCUGCAGGUGGCGACGCCGGCAGGGGAGCGAAGGGUGGCGCUCGCGCCCAAGCGGAGCUCCAACAAGGACCGCCACACCAAGGUCGACGGCCGGGGCCGCCGGAUCCGGAUGCCCGCGCUCUGCGCCGCGCGGAUCUUCCAGCUCACCAGGGAGCUCGGCCACAAGUCCGACGGCGAGACGGUCCAGUGGCUGCUGCAGCAGGCCGAGCCGGCCAUCGUCGCCGCCACCGGCACGGGCACCAUACCGGCGUCCGCGCUCGCCUCCGUCGCGCCCUCGCUCCCGUCGCCCAACUCAGGGCUCGCCAGGCCGCACCACCACCACCCGCACCACAUGUGGGCGCCGCCCACCGCGUCCGCCGGCUUCUCCUCGCCGGCCUUCUUGAAUUCCGCCGGCGCCGGCGCGGGCGACGCCGCUGGUAUCGGCGGCCUCAUGCAGCGGAUGGGGCUCCCCGCUGGCCUCGAGAUGCCUGCCGGCGGCGCCGCCGGAGGGACCCUCGGCGCCGGCGGCCACAUCGGCUUCGCGCCCAUGUUCGCCGGACACGCCAUGCCGGGGCUCGAGCUUGGGCUCUCGCAGGACGGCCACAUCGGCGUGCUUGCGGCGCACGCGCAGUCGAUCAGCCAGUUCUACCACCAGGUUGGAGCUGGGGGGGCCAGCGGCCAGCUGCAGCACCAGCACCAGCAUCACCAUCACCAGCAGCAGGAGGACGGUGAGGACGACCGCGAGGACGCUGAGUCCGAUGAAGAGUCCGGCCAGUAGUGUAGCCGUUCAACCUUGCGUUUCUGGGUGUUCCUUGAAGAGGAGGAGAGGAAGGAGAGAAAAAAGUGUAUGCACGCCGCACGCAGGCCACGGGAUGCUUCUGCUACUCUUGGGUUAUUAUUGUUCGUCGAGUUGUGAUGAAUUUUUAUGUUCAUUUUUUUCUCGUGUGAUAUCAAACUCAAUGGAGGCCUUUUGCUCUGAGGACUCGCUGGAUCAAGAUCAUCCCGUGGUUCUUCCCACUAUUCUGUGGAUGAUCGCCCAGAGCCCUCUCUCCGACUUCCAGGUGUAUAAUAGCUGAAAGCUGGAUGAAUUGGAUCAAUCGCCCUUGAGUGAGUGCCUUAUUUGUCAUUGCAAAGUGUGUAGAUAUUCAGGUAAUUUUGCUGUUAGAGAGGUGUUUUUUUAUCGGAGUGAUGAUCCACUUAUUAAAAACAAUUGAGGUAGUCGCCGGCAAUUUGAUCCUCCUCCAGAGGCUGUUUCUGCAAUGCAAAUACAACGUACAACUCUAGUGCCGAGAUUACCCCAUACCUAUUUGCUUCUUCUGUGGCAUGCCAGUGAUAUGUUGCCUUCAAGAUUUCUUUUUUUUUUCUUUCUCAUGGACAAACAUGCAUACCCUAGUUGUUUGCUUGGUAUUGUUUCUGUAUUUCUGUACAUAGGAGGCAUUGUCUGUUGCUAGUACUACAUAUAAAAAGGUAAAGGAUAAAGAGGUUAUAUCAGUAGAUGAUGCCACUGAUAAAUAUGCAUGUACAAAACAGAAUAUAUAGAAGGCCUCCAAAUGGCACUUGAUUCAGAAA